AUGUUUCUUCAAGAUGUUUUCCCAGGCGAAAGCCGAUGCGAGACACUUGCUGCAGCAAAGCGACCACCAGGAGCUGAAUGUUACUAUGAUCAAGACUGCGAUGGUCCCUUCAGCAGGUGCCUCCAGCGCGUGUGCCGACGAGCCCUGCUGACUCAUCAAAGUUGCAGCGUGAGCGAUGAGAAUGACCUAUGUGUCACUGGCCAGCGACUCUGCUUCCGUGGCCACUGCGCCGGUCUCGAGUCGGGCGCGCCGUGCAGCGCGCAAGUGGAAGGGGCUGACAUUGACUGCAACCUGGGUUGGUAUUGCUUCCUGGGAGUUUGCACGCCACAGCUGCCAGUCGGCCACACCUGCACCGGUCUUCAUAGCAACGAGUGCUUGGGUGGCUACCGGUGCAAUCUGGCCUUAGACAUCCCUCGAUGUUUGCGGGAGUUCAGCUUGGCCCUGGGUGCCACCAGCAGCACUGGACGCUUGUGCAUGAGCAAUCAUGUGGAUCCGAUCCACCAGGAAUGUGCCACGUUACCUGACGUGGUCACUGUGAAUGGCAAGCCUACUGUGAGUGGUCGGGAUUGUCUCACAGACUCUGAGUGCCUCCGCCCAGACAACUCUUUGGGCCGGUGUCUUUGCAAACAGUGGUGGGAAGGCGCUGGUACGGCUGGGUACUGUGAGCUCUCUGAGCUGCAGGUUUGGAAGCCCGCCUUCAAGCGCUUCUGGGAGGCCGCCAUCGUGGCCUGCCACCACGACUGGUCCGAGGAGCGCUGCGCGGCGGAGAUCGGCCUUGAAGAGGUGCUGGCGACCGUGCGGAGGGACUCAGCAGCCUUGUCGUCGGAUCCGACGGAGAUCAAGAGCUGUGCGACCGAGCUGCUGGAGACCUGGGAUUUUAACGGGCUCCACCGAGGUGCACAUGCUUUGCUGUGUCUUCCUUUGCUGGUGCAGCUCUUGUGA